AUGUAUCCAGUGACAGACGUGGUAGUCAUGUUGUUGGAGACGCCGUUUCGACGUUGGAAUUCUGAUACUAAAAAUGAUCUACUAAAAGUUGGUAAGCCUAUUCCGAUUUUGUCAGCCUUGGCUCCUGACAAGAAACUAAGUAAGGUAUUCUGUAGGUCAUUUAAUCCAAAUUUAUAUCAAAAACACUCUUGGUUAUGUGGAAGUCAUUAUAUACAAAAAUUAUUUUGUUGGCCAUGUUUGUUGUUGGGUAAAAUGAAGUCUGUGUGGAAUACUACUGGGUAUUAUGAUUUAAAAAAUUUAUCUAGGGGUAUACAAAUACAUCAAUCAUCAAAAGAACAUAUUCAUAAUCAUUUAGGAUUAAAAAACCUAGAAAAAAAUUGUUUUACUAUACUAGAUGUUGUUAAUGAACAUGGUAAUUUGUUUAAAAAAAAUUAUAAUGAAAAUGUGAGAUUGAAUCGUUUAUUUAUGAAGUACUUAAUCGAUUUGGUUUUAUUUUUGGGAAAACAAGAGUUGGCAUUUAGAGGUCAUGAUGAAAGCAGUGAUUCAUUAAAUAAAGGGAAUUUUAGAGAGUUAUUUGAUAUGCAUAUUAUUUGGUGCUCUCAAGAAAUACAAAAUCAUUAUAAUAGUAUAAAAAACAUAUUCUCAGAUAAAUCUGAAUUGGUUGAGCGUUUCUUGGGUUUUCAUAAUGUUAGUGAAGACCGCACGGCUGAAGGUUUAUUUAAUUUGGUUAAUUCUGUUUUACAUGAGUUUGAUAUAAAAAAUAAAUUAGUUGGACAAUGUUAUGAUGGGGCAUGUGUAAUGUCUGGGCAUUUAACAGGUUUACAGGCUAGAGUUAAGGAAGUUGCACCUAAUGCUUUAUUUACACACUGCCUAGCUCACAGAUUAAAUUUGGUACUGCAACAUGGUUGUAGUAUAAAUGCUAAAUGUCGUAUAUUUUUUGCUAACCUCACUGGUAUUGCUGCUUAUUUUCACAAUUCCACUUCGCGUACUAAUUUUGUAGAUACUAUUGUGGGGAAAAGAAUUCCUCAAUUUGUUCAAACAAGAUGGUCCUCACGGUCAAAAAUUUUACACACAAUAGUUAAUGAGUGGCCUGGGUUUAUAAAUGUUUUUGACUGUAUUAGCAAAGAUCCAAAAUCGUCACCUGAAUCUAUUUGUGGUGCUAUUGGUCAUUUAAAAAAUUUAAAAACUUUUGAAUUUGCUUUCUUAUCACUGAUAUUUACGGUUACUCUUACAAAACCUCCAAAAGCUACAAGAAAUGAAUCUAAUAAUCAAUCAAGUUUUAAAAUAUUGUUUUAUGAAAUAAUUGAUAAUAUUCUAAUGCAAUUAAAUACCAGAUUUCAAGAUACAAAUAAAUUACUUUUUUUACAGUUAGCUGAUGUAACUAAAUUUAAAGAAUAUUCAAAUAGAUUUCCUGUUUUGUAUAGUGAUGUAAAAUAUCAAAAUUUAUUACACAUCUAUGACAUGGUUAAAAUUAUUGAACAAGAUGCAUUGAAAGACAUUUUACCUGAAUCUUAUAAAUUAUUUAUUCUUAUUUUAACCAUACCAUCAACUAGUGUAUCAAAUGAAAGAAGUUUCUCUUGCCUCAAAAGAAUUAAAACCUGUUCUCGAAAUAGUAUUUCACAAGGCAGUGACGUGCAACGGAAAUACCAACACGCCCGACUCCGACACGACACUGGCCAACCACCGAUCACCGCCGUGGAGGCAGUGCCACUGUUAUCCGUGCACUCGCUGUCCACCGCCGUCCACCCGUUGUCCACCACCGCCUACCUGCCGCCCACCGCUCACCCGCUAUCCACCGUUCACCCGCUGUCCACCGUCCACUCGCUGUCCACCGUCCACUCGCUGUCCACCGUUCACUCGCGGUACGCCGCCACCUACCCGCUAUCAACCUCCGCCAACCCGCUGCCCGUCUCUGCCAACCCGUUGUCCACAGCCGCUGACGUGCACGUGGGUAUCGCAGUAUCCGUUCGCUAG